AUGAAUACUUAAGCCAAUGAAAUUGAUCCUCUAAAGCAAGAGACUAAGAGAAGGGUAACCAAGCCAGUAUCUUAUUUGUAACUUUACAGAUUCGCAAAUCAAAUGGAUUAUGUGUGGAUAGCAAUAAGCAUUGUUGGAGCAAUAUGCAAUGGUUUAUCAAUGCCAAUAUAUUCAAUCAUUUUCGGAAAUCUGACUGACUCCUUUGCAUAUGAAGAUGCUGACACCAAACUAAACAAGGCUGGUCUCAACACUAUGUAUAUAUUUUUAGUUUAGUAUAAUAGUUACAUGUUUGUGUUGGGAAUCUGCACUCUUUUGGUGACUCUGAUCAUGUAUACAACGUUUUCAAUAACAUCAGAAAAUUAAACCAAAAGAUUGAGAAGACAAUACUUAAAAUCACUGUUGACGAAAUAAGUGAAAUGGUACGACGAGAUAAACGCAAAUUCCUUAAACACAAAAGUGAAUUCAGAAAUCUUAGCAAUAUCAGACGCCAUAGGAGAUAAGGUUAUUACAUUUGGAUUUUCGAUUGCAACAUUCUUAAGCGGUUUUUUAGUCGGAUAUAUUAAGUAAACAGAUAAUUUAUAAAAAUAGAGGAUGGAAACUAGCUUUGGUGAUUACGUCUGCUCUUCCUGUCUUAGCCAUUACCAUAGCCCUUAUUGGUAUAUCAGCAUCAUGGAGAGAGUAAUUCAUUUAAAAAUCGGAUAUUGAAUCCUCAUCUUUAGUUGAAGAAGUAAUUUUCUAAUUAAUUUUUUAGGUAUUAAGUUCAAUUAAAACCGUGAAAACACUUGAUGGAGAGGAAUUUGAGUUUGAAAGAUUUAGGAGAGUCAUAUUGAAUUCCUCCAAAUCCAUAAUUAAAUAUGGAUUGUAUUAUGGGCUUGCUUUUGGAUCAAUGUGUGGCGUUUAAUAGUUUACCUACGCUCUAGGAAUAUUUUACAGUGGAGUGCUUGUGACUGAUUAAGUAAAACUGUUGACUUAAUUUUAGAUUGCCCCUGAUUACUCAGGUCCCAUAUAUACUUCUGGGAGUAUAUGUACUAUUUUUAUAUCUGUAUUGAUGGGGAGUUUGUCGUUAGGUAAGAUUGGUCCAUGUCUAUCAUGUUUUGCAAAAGGGAAGUUAGCUGCUAUGGAAGUCUUUCAAGUAAUUGAUGAGAGUCAAGAACAGGAGAAGAAAAAUACUCAAGGAUCCUUUGAAAAUCUUGAUGGUGAUAUCAAAUUUUAAAACAUUUAAUUUAGUUAUCCAUCUAAACCAGACCAUGUUGUUUUGAAGAAUAUCUCAUUUGUAAUACCACAAGGAAAGAAAAUAGCUUUGGUUGGAGAAAGUGGUUCUGGAAAGUCUACUAUUGGCCAGCUCCUUUUGAAAUUCUAUGAAAUUGAAAAUGGGUAAAUCUUAAUUGGAACUGAUCAAAUUCCUUUGAGUCAAAUUGAUACACAUUAAUUCAGAUCACAAAUUUCUAUAGUUUCUUAAGAACCAGCAUUAUUUAAUACUACAAUACGUGAAAAUCUAAGGUUGGGGAACUAAAGAGCAACAGAUGAGGAACUACAAACAAUGUUAAAUUUGAUGAAUUCAUCAGAAUUAAUAGAUCAUUUAGAUACAAAUGUGGGAUUUAAUGGGAAUCAAUUCAGUGGUGGUUAAAAAUAACGUAUAGCUUUGGCUAGAGCACUACUAUAGAAUCCAAAAAUUCUUAUUUUAGAUGAAGCUACCAGUGCUUUAGAUAGAACAAAUGAAUAAUAAAUAACUAGAAUUAUUGAUGAGAAAUUCAACAAAACUACAAGAAUUGUAAUAGCUCACAGAUUGUCUACAGUAUAAGAUAGUGAUAAUAUCAUUGUGUUUAAUUAAGGAGAAAUCAUAGGAUAAGGCACUCAUAAUGAAUUACUCUAAAAUUGUGAACAUUACUCUUAUUUGAUAUCCAAACAAUAAUAGAAAGAAGAGAAUGGUAUUGGAACUCUAACGUUUUUAGAAAUGGAAACCUAAAGAAAAAUACCUGGAGGAUCAUUAACUAAAAUAAUUAGUUAAGAAAAUAAUUAAUUUGAUAAAUCUAAAGUGUAGGUCUUAAACACUUAGGGCGAUGUAAAAUAAUAGUUCGAUAAGGAAUGUAAUGAAGAAAUGAAAGCAGAAGCAGUAGACAAUGGAUCAGAGUUGUCAUUUUGGAAAAGCAUUAAGAGUUUAAUAGUGUUAAAUUACAAAGAAUUACCAUAUCUUAUAAUUGGAUCUAUAGCAGCACUGGGAAAUGGAUCGAUAUACCCAAUAUUUUCAUAAAUUUUAGCUGAUGUUAUAGAUAAUUUAUUGAUUCAUAAUCCCCAAAGAGUCAAUUCAAUUAAGGAUGAAAAUGAGAGAUAACAAUUCAUUAAUGCUCUGGAUGAUACAAUUAUCAACAGCGCUACCACACUACUUAUAUUAGGAUUUAUAUAUUUUGUAACCAGCGCUUUAGAAUGCUUCUGUUUCAGUGUCUAUUCAGAACGUUUAACUAUUAGAAUGAAAAAUGAAAUUUAUCAGAAGUUUUUAAGGCUUCCAAUCAGCUUUUAUGACAACCCAAAUAAUAAUAUAGGCUUCUUAACUCCUAAAGUAACCAAUGA